AAACAGCAGCCCUUUAUCCAUCUCCUGCUUUUAUAAAACAUACUAAAAAAUUCCUCAUAACUAAAAAUCUUUGUCUAAAGCCCAAAUGGACCAAAAUUUUACACACAGCAGCACAACAGAAAAACAAAACCAAAUACAAAACGAAAAGAAAAGAAAAGUAAAAAAAGGCAACAGGGAUGGAAAACUAAGACAGAUGGAAAGAUGGAUAGGUGGGGAUAGAUAUGUCUUCUAUUAUCCUCCAAAAAGGAAAAAAUAAAACUUAUCAUUUUUCCCACAUUUACCCUUCUCUGUAUCUCAUGAUCUUCUAUCAUUCUAAUUCUACUCAGGCUCUUCUUCCCCCUUUCUUCAUGGGCCUUUUUGGGUUCUCACAUUCUCCUUCCAGUUUCAGAGAUAGAGAAUACCAUUUCCACCACAUCUUCCUUAUUAUUAGUGUUUUUAUUGUUUUAAACUUUUCUCCUCUUCUUCGUUUCUCUGCCCCUCCCCUUUUACUUUUUUUUUCUUUAUUCACAAUUUUAAUUUUAUAUCCCUUACUGACUCAAUUCUGGAUUUUCUGAUUUUCUUUUUUUUUUGUUGUGAAAAAGGUAAUAAAAACAAGGGCUUAUUUUUUUGGGUUCUUGAAAUGUUUUCUUUUUUGCUAAGAUAGAAGGGUUGGGGGCUUCUGCAAAAUUUCUGAUACAGUUUCUGCUAAACUUCUAGUAAAGAAAUGUCAAUUUUGAAGUAUAGAAGAUGAAAAGGGCUUCUCGGAAUCGGCAAUAUAACAAUAACUCUGUUGAUGAGGAAGCCAGGGCUAGACUAAAGCAUCAAAGCCUACUCCAGGAGUUCUUGGAAUUGCAAAAGGAAUUUGUUUCAAAGAAGAAGAAAUUGGAGACGGUUAACCAGAUGCGAGGAAGCCUUUUGAAUGAAGUUCGAUUCUUAAGACAGAGGUACAGCUAUUUAUCAAUGGUCAAGUCUCGAGAAUAUGGACUACAAAAAGAUUCUGUUCAAUCACAAAAUUCCUACCUGCAAACCAAGAUGGUCAAGAAUUUUGGUAUCAAUGUAUCUGUUGAGAGGAGACUGAAGUCUCUUCCUGAUUUAGAUCCAAAUGUUCAUGAGGAAGGGAGUGGGAGAAGUCAAGUAGAUGUUCAGGCGGUGUCUAGAAAGGGGAAGAAGUCGCAAAACCGUUUGAUGAAUGGAAAAAGAGUGGGGAAGAAGAAAAUCUCAUGGCAAGUUCAGGUGGCGUUUAAGAUCUAAUGAAUAAUGAGUAUUCUUUUCACUCAUUGUUUUAGCAGUUAACUGAGGUAGGCACAAGAAUUAACCGUCUCCCUGUAAUAACUUCUGAUUGGCAUUGCUACAGAUUUUUAAUAUCAUUGUCUUACACUUAUUUCUUCCAUUUUAACUGUGAAUCAGGACAAAUUUUCUCAGUUUGGUAUUAAAUGAAUAUAUCUGUGGAGUAUCAGUGUCUGAUUUUCAGAA